GUAACUGAAACGACUUCUAGCCCUCUUUGUCCUUGUUCAAUUUAAGCUUACCCAUCUUGAUAGAAAUCUUAAAUCCACUUGGGUUUCUGUAUUUUUCUUGAGAAGUGUGUCCAUUGGACACAAACUCACUAUCCCUGUGUGCACUGAAUUUAAAGAUUAUUCAGUGGAAAAGGAGAGCUUUUUUCUUUUCCUGCAAAUCAUUCCAAACAGAUAAGAACUUAAUUGUUUUAGGUUUCUUUUGAUAACAAAGAUGGGUGAGAACACUGCUUCAAAGACCCAGAAUCAUGCUCAUCUCCAAGUGUUUGAUGUUUCGCUCAAUGUGCCGCCUCAGGGUGGUGCCAAAUGCUUCGACGACGAUGGUCGCCUCAAAAGAACUGGGACUGUUUGGACAGCAAGUGCUCACAUAAUCACAGCUGUGAUCGGGUCUGGAGUUCUGUCUUUGGCUUGGGCAACUGCGCAGCUGGGAUGGAUUGCCGGUCCGACUGUCUUGUUCUUGUUCUCCUUUGUGACAUACUACACUUCUACUCUACUCGCUGCUUGUUACCGUUCUGGAGACCCUGUCACUGGCAAGAGAAACUAUACUUACAUGGAGGCUGUUAGAUCCAAUCUUGGUGGUGAUAAAGUCAAAAUUUGUGGGAUAAUUCAGUACUUGAAUCUGUUUGGAGUUGCUAUUGGAUACACCAUUGCAGCAUCUAUAAGCAUGAAGGCAAUCAAAAGGUCUAAUUGCUUCCAUGAGAGGGGAGGGAAAAAUCCUUGCAAAAUAUCAAGCAAUCCUUACAUGAUUGUGUUUGGUGCGGUAGAAAUUAUUUUCUCUCAGAUUCCAGACUUUGAUCAGAUAUCAUGGCUCUCAAUUGUUGCAGCAGUCAUGUCAUUCACUUACUCUUCAAUCGGCCUUGGCCUUGGAGUUGGAAAAGUUGCUGAAACUGGAAAAUUCAGAGGAAGUCUGACUGGAAUAAGCAUUGGCACUGUAACUCAAGCCCAAAAAAUAUGGAGGAGCUUCCAAGCACUUGGAGCCAUAGCUUUUGCAUAUUCUUACUCUCUAAUCCUUAUUGAAAUUCAGGACACAGUUAAAUCCCCACCAACAGAAGCCAAGACAAUGGAGAAGGCGACUCUACUAAGUGUGGCAGUAACAACCAUUUUCUACAUGUCCUGUGGCUGCUUUGGCUACGCUGCUUUCGGAGACAUGGCACCUGGAAACCUCCUAACCGGGUUCGGGUUUUAUAACCCAUAUUGGCUGCUUGACAUAGCCAAUGCUGCCAUAGUCAUCCACCUUGUUGGUGCAUACCAAGUUUUCUGCCAACCCCUCUUUGCCUUCAUUGAAAAAACUGCUGCAGAGUGGUUUCCCAACAGUCAAUUCAUCACCAAAGAAAUCGAAAUCCCAAUCCCAGGCUUCAAGCCAUACAAACUCAAUCUUUUCAGAGUGAUUUGGAGGACAAUUUUUGUGAUCAUAACCACAAUCAUAUCAAUGCUUCUUCCAUUCUUCAAUGAUAUCGUUGGAAUUCUUGGAGCGUUUGGGUUUUGGCCACUCACAGUUUAUUUCCCAGUGGAGAUGUACAUUGUGCAAAAGCAGAUACCAAAAUGGAGCACUAGAUGGCUUUGCCUUCAAAUCUUAAGCGUUACUUGCCUAAUAAUCUCCAUUGCCGCCGCGGUCGGGUCCUUUGCCGGAGUUCUUACUGAUCUCAAAGUUUACCUGCCCUUCAAGACCAGUUACUGA